UGUACUGUAGAUGUCGGCUGGGGAAGCUGCCUUUCCUCAGACAUACCAUGAGCAAGCGGAACCAGGUGUCGUACGUGCGGCCCGCGGAGCCGGCGUUUCUGGCCCGCUUCAAGGAGCAGGUCGGCUACAGGGAAGGGCCCACCGUAGAGACCAAGAGAAUCCAGCCUCAGCUCCCAGAUGAAGAUGGUGAUCACAGUGACAAAGAAGAUGAACAGCCCCAAGUGGUGGUUUUAAAAAAAGGAGACCUGUCACCUGAAGAAGUCAUGAAAAUUAAAGCAGAAAUAAAGGCUGCCAAAGCAGAGGAAGAACCCGCUCCAGCUGAUGGAAAAAUAAUGUAUCGAAAACCAGUCAAGCGUCCCUCAGAUAAAAAAUAUUCAGGUUUAACAGCAACCUCGAAAAAGAAGAAGAUAAAUGAAGAUGAAAUAAAUCAGGACUCAGUUAAAAAGAACUCACAAAAGCAGAUCAAAAACAGUAGCCUCCUUUCUUUUGACGAUGAAGAUGAAAAUGAGUAAGUAUAAACAUUUUGGACUUAGUCUCCUUAGAAAAUAUAUGGGUGUUUUUUGAAAUAACAUUUUUUUCUGUUAUAAGGAAUUCAUUAUAGAAAAUUUAGAAAAUACAGAAAAAAAUCUAAUAAAAUAAACUACAUCUGUUCAUCAAUACCCCUCUGACUUGAAAUGCCAACUUGUAAAAAUUAACUACUAUUACCAUUUGUUAUUUCUUGUGGGUGUGUGUGUAUAUGUAAAUUAUAUUUUCUUAAAAUACAUUUUGUUAUAACAAUUUUCUAUAAUUUAAUAUAAUUUUGUAUAAACAAAAUUGUAUAAAUAUGUGUAUUCUGUCCUGCUUCUCACUUGACAGUACAUUGUGAGCAUUUUUUCCAGGUUACAUUCAUAGCUGGAGGGAAUUUUAGAAUUAAACAAAUCCCCUGUUUGUAUCUUCCUCAUUAGAAGAAUUGCACUUUGGGUGGGGAAAUGAUAAUAUGUCUAGCUGAAAAUACCUCCCCAGCUCCUGCUGAGGAUGGCCAUAUGACUCAGCUCUGGUGAGUUAAGAGAUAGCAAGUGGAAUUCUAUUGAUGCAAAAGGACAGACUUGAAAAGCAUGAACCUCUGCCCCUAUCUCUUCAUCUUGCUCAGAGUACAGACAUAAAACCUGAGUAUGAGAGCAAUUUUUGGGCAUAAGGAAGGCGGCUACUUAGUUUGGGUGGUAUAAGUAGAAAGACUCGAGUUUGGAUCCUUCAUAGCAUGCCUUGAGCUGCCGUACCAGCCUUGGGCUGCUAAACUCUGCACUUCUUGAGACAUGAGAAGAAUAAACAUUAUGCUUAUUUAAGCCUCUGUCAGGUUUUUGUCUGCCAAAUGCGGUCCUAAGUGAUGCAAUAAGUAUCUCAUCCAACAUGCUUAUGUAGACAUCUCUGACGGUAUUUCAGAUGAUUUCAUUUGAAUGAAUUGCUGGAAGCAGAAUUAGUGCAUCAGAGUAUUUGAAUAUUCUUAAAGCUAUUAAUAUUUACUUUCAAAUUGUUUUCUUUUUUUUGUUAUUGUUAUUGUUGUAGUUGUCAUUGUUUUAGCUGGCCUGGGCCGGGGUUCGAACCUGCCAACCUGGGUAUAUGUGGCUGGCGCCCUACCUACCGAGCUACGAACGCCGCCUUUUCAAAUUGUUUUCCAAUUGUUUUCUAAAGGGGUUUUAGCAUUUUAUUCAUUUACCAUCUUUAAGAGUCCACAUCAUUCAUGAUAACUGUGCACCAGCCUUGGAUUGGCACCAGGCUUUUAAUUCUUGUCAAUUUGAUAUAUUGAAAAUGGUGUUUAAUAGUUAAAUUUAAUUAGCAUUCUCUUUAUUAGGGAAGCUAAACUGUUUUUCAGAUGUUAACAAACCAUUUUGUAUUUCUUUUGGUUUUUUUUAUUUUUCUAUUUUUUUGAGAUAGAGUCUCACUUUAUCACCCUGGGCAGAGUGCUGUGGCUACACAGCUCCCAGCAACCUCUACCUGGGGUCCUUAAACUUUUAAAACGGGGGGCCAGUUCACUGUCCCUCAGACCAUUGGUGGGCCGGACUAUAGUUUAAAAAAAAGCUAUGAACAAAUUCCUAUGCACACUGCACAUUAUCUUAUUUUGAAGUAAAAAAACAAAACGGGAACAAACACAAUCACACUGCCUCAUGUGGCCCACAGGCUGUAGUUUGGACCCCUGUUUGCCUCAGCCUACUGAGUAGCUGGGACUACAGGCGCCCGCCACAACACCUGGCUAUUUUUUUGUUGCAAUUUGGCCGGGGCUGGUUCGAACCUGCCACCCUCGGUAUAUAUGGGGCUGGUACCCUACCCACUGAACCACAGGUGCUGCCCUGUAUUUCUUUUUUGAAUUAACUUGGUCAUUUUCCAUUAGUGUAGUCAUAUUUUUCUAACUUGUAAAUUAUGUAGGCAUUUAUUUUCAUUCUCUGUUUCUCAUCCUCUCUAACAGAUAAAGGAUCACCAAUAGUCUCUUGUUCUUUCUCCACCUGAAAUUACUAAUUCCAGAGCAUCUUAUAAUGAAUCAUGCCACAUCUAUCUUUUCCCCAUUUUCUUUCUUACAUUUAAAAACUAUUCAGGGUGGUGCCUGUGGCUCAGUGGUAGGGUGCCAGCCCCAUAUACCAAGGGUGGCAGGUUCAAACCUGGUCCCGGCCAAAUUGCAACAACAACCAAAAAAAAAAAUAGCACCAGGCAUUGUGGCGGGCACCUGUAGUCUCAGCUACUUGGGAGGCUGAGGCAAGAGAAUCACCUAAGCCCAGGAGUUGGAGGUUGCUGUGAGCUGUGACGUCACGGCACUCUACCAAAGGUGAUAAAGUGAGACUCUGUCUUUAAAAAAAAUAAAUAAAUAAAAAUAAAAACUACUCCAUCUGAAAUUUAUUUUGGUAUACUUUUUUCUUGAAUAAUCAAUUGUCCUAGAAACCUAUGUGUUUCUCACUUAUAUAUAAGGUUAUCUGAACAAGAGAUCUUGCUGAGUGUUGGGGGAAAAAUGGAGGGAAGCGCUGUAAUGUCUGAGCCUUUCCAGGUGAUUCUUCAAAACCCUGCUUAGUCCUUACAAUUUUCAUCAUUGUCAUCCAAACCAGGAGCUUGUUAAGAUCACAACCCGGCUCAGCAUCCAUAGCACAGGGGUUACAAAGGGUGGCGGGUUCAAAACUGGCCCAGGCCAGCUAAACAACAACUGCAACGAAAAAAAUAGCUGGGAGCUGUGGCGGGCACCUGUAGUCCCAGCUACUUGGGAGGCUGAGGCAAGAGAAUUGCUUAAGCCCAAAAAGAGUUUGAGGCUGCUGUGAGCUGUGACAGCAUGGCACUCUACCGAGGGCAACAUAGUGAAAUUCUGUCUCAAAAAAAAAAAAAAAAAAUCACAUCCCUUUACCCGUCACAUUCACCUGAAAUUACUAAUUCCAGAGCCUCUUAUCAUGAAUCAGGUGCCACGUCUAUCUUUUCCCCAUUUUAAAUAUCCAGUAUAAAUAAUACUCAAAAGUGAUGUAUGUGGGUGGGCUAGGGAGCCUUGAAAUAAACUUUUUCUAAAUGAUUCAAAGUAGUCCUAAAGCCAUUCUGCAAUACUAUUUUUAAUGUAUUGUAACUUGUUACGUAAGCCAGGUUUUUUUCCCCUGAUUUAUACUACUAUACCUACUCUUAUACCAAACUACAUUAUUAUAAUACUAUAAAUUUUAAUGUCUUAGUAUCUGGAGGUGGGGAUCUUCAAGGCAGGGACUUUGUUUUAUUUGUCACUGUAUCCUCAGUAUCCAGAAAAGUACCUGGCAUAUUAAGUGCACAAUAAAUAUUACAUGACUAUUAAGUUACGUGAAUGAGA